UGUAGCUUUGGAUAACACAAGAUAAGAGAACAACAACUUCAUAACUAAUAUAAAUACACACCCAUAUUCACCUUACCAAAUCACCAUUCAUACGAGUACAUUUAUCAAAAGCACAACAAGCAUUUUAAUUUCAUUGCAAAAUGGCCGCAUCAUCCAUGGCUCUCUCUUCACCAACCUUGGCUGGCAAGCCAGUCAAGCUAACCCCUUCAAGCCAAGAAUUGGGAGCUGCAAGGUUCACCAUGAGGAAGGCUGCUACCACCAAGAAAGUAGCCUCCUCAGGAAGCCCAUGGUACGGCCCAGACCGUGUUAAGUACUUAGGCCCAUUCUCUGGUGAGCCCCCGUCUUACUUGACUGGAGAGUUCCCAGGUGACUACGGAUGGGACACUGCUGGACUUUCUGCUGACCCAGAGACAUUCGCCAAGAACCGUGAACUUGAAGUCAUCCAUAGUAGGUGGGCUAUGUUGGGAGCCUUGGGAUGUGUUUUCCCAGAGCUUUUGUCUCGCAAUGGUGUUAAAUUCGGUGAGGCUGUAUGGUUCAAGGCCGGAUCCCAGAUCUUUAGCGAGGGUGGACUUGACUACUUGGGUAACCCAAGUUUGGUCCAUGCUCAGAGCAUUCUUGCCAUCUGGGCUACCCAAGUUAUCUUGAUGGGCGCUGUUGAAGGUUACCGUAUUGCUGGUGGUCCUCUUGGUGAGGUUGUUGACCCACUAUACCCAGGAGGCAGCUUUGACCCAUUGGGCCUAGCUGACGACCCAGAGGCUUUCGCAGAGUUGAAGGUUAAGGAACUCAAGAACGGUAGAUUAGCCAUGUUCUCUAUGUUCGGAUUCUUUGUUCAGGCUAUUGUGACCGGAAAGGGACCUUUGGAGAACCUUGCCGAUCAUCUUGCCGACCCAGUCAACAACAACGCAUGGGCCUAUGCCACCAACUUUGUUCCCGGAAAGUGAAUGGUCAUUAUGUUUUUUGUUAUGUAUACUUUCUUGUAACGUUCUUCCUGCGGGAAUGUGAAUUAUUAUCAUGUGUUGUAUGCAACUGAAUGUUAGUCUUUUUUUUUAUGUCAA